CUAUUCAAAGACAAUAUGAUAGAUUCCUGUACAAACCUAUAGUAAAGGACAAAAAGUCUGUGUUAGUAAAUGGCUUUAAAGCUACCGAUCAAAUUCAAUUUUUAACUAUAAAAUGGAUGUAUAAAACUAGGUCAUUGACUACGAAUCUAACAAGCCAAGCUCUGUUCUUCGAUCAGCAAAGACAUGGCAAUGGAAAUGGAGAAAGAGAACAAGAAAUUGGAUCAAGUCCUUCAUAUGAAUGGAGGAACUGGAGAGCAGAGCUAUGCUAAUAACUCUAAAACACAGAGAGCACAACUAUCCAAGGGAUUACCUGUACUUGUUGAAGCAGUGGAAGCGUUAUGUGACACGAACUUGCCUGAGGUGAUUACAAUGGCUGACCUUGGAUGUUCUUCAGGUCCAAAUUCUCUCUCUGCUGUUACUCACUUCAUAAGUGUCAUCACCAACAGAUGCUCUCAAUCGGGUCGAUCACCACCAGAAUUUUGUGUGUUCUUGAAUGACCUUCCGGGAAAUGAUUUCAACACUAUUUUUAAGUCUCUGCCUGCUUUUCAUGAGAAGAUGAGAAAAGAGAAUGGCCAAGACUUUAAUACAUGUUCUGUUUCUGGUGUUCCUGGUUCUUUUUAUGGCAGGCUUUUCCCUUCCAACACACUCAAUUUUGUGCACUCUAAUGCCAGUCUUCAUUGGCUUUCACAGGUGCCUUCUGAGCUGAAGGACGAAUCGAAUCCACUUAGAAAUAAAGGAAAAAUUUAUAUCUCUAAAACAAGUCCUCCAGCAGUAAUAAAAGCUUAUCAGAAUCAAUUUGAAAUUGAUUUCUCUUCAUUUCUGCAAGCGCGUUCAAAGGAGAUAGUUGCAGGAGGACGAAUGGUAUUGGCAUUUGCAGGAAGAAAUGUUGCAGACCCAACAACAGACUCAAGUUGUUUGCUUUGGGAUUAUAUAGGACAUGCAUUCCAAGCUUUAGUUAAAGAGGGGGUGAUUGAAGAAGAAAAGUUAGACACAUACAAUGCACCAUACUAUGAAGCAUCCAUAGAAGAGGUUGAGAGGGAGAUAGUGAAGGAAGGAUCAUUUGCAAUUGAUAAACUUGGAAGUUUUAUGAUAACAUGGGAUGAUAUUAACGGAGGAAUGAGGUGUGAUAGGGCAACAACAGCCAUGAAUUUAGGUAAGGCCAUACGAGCAGUCCAUGAAUCAAUGUUUGGGAACCAUUUUGGGGAAGGAAUUAUGGACCCUUUCAUUCACAAGUUACGUGAAGUCGUGGUAGCUGAUACACAAGAAAUUGAGCAUGUUAACGUUGUUAUUUCUCUCAUCAGAAAAGGUUAGCAGCAUCAUGGUCCGCCAACUCACUUCACAAAAUAGACUAUCUUUGCUUGUAUAUCAUUUCAUAUUGAUUAUAGUGAGCUUUGGUUUGGUUGAGUGGUGUUGAUAUCAAGAUAAUACGAGCGAUUACAAUUUAAACUUUUAAAUAAAUUGAUUAGUAAACGAUCAGUCAUUGUCUCGAUUUAUCAGGUUACAAGGUGAAAUCUAUGUGUUAUUGUUUGAA